ACAGAAGACCAUAUAUAUAUGUUCAAUUAACUGGCAGUUGCAUAAAAAAUUAUAGCUUUAUGUCCAUUUAUAACAUUGUCCAAAACCAUAAAAACCAAUUUUUUUUUACUACCAAUGUCUUUUUGUGAUAAGAGAAAAAGCAAAAGACAAACACAGUGUAAACUUCAACAUUUUUUUUUCCACACGUACAGCUUUACUUACUACAACUCAAAGUUCCAAUCUUGUCUCCUUUUUUUCUCUCUUUAAAGAUCUCUCUUAUUUUUAUUCAGUUAUUUCAAUUAUUCACUGUUUUUAUUUUCUGGGGUUAUCAGAAAGAUUCUUGAAAAGUGACCCUUUUUGUAAUUUUGUGUUUUUAUGCUAAAGUUGUAAUCUUUUUCCUCAGAUUAAUCUUUUUUUCUCUUGUCGGUGUGUUUAGUUUGUGGUUUUUAUGCUAAAGUUGUAAUCUUUUUGCUCAAAAUAAUAUUUUUUUCUCUUUUGGGGUGUGUUUAACUUGUGGUUUUUAUGCUAAAGUUGUAAUCUUUUUGCUCAAAAUAAUAUUUUUUUCUCUUUUGGGGUGUGUUUAAUUUGUGGUUUUUAUGCUAAAGUUCUAAUCUUUUUCUUCAAAUUAAUCUUUUUUCUGUUGUGGGUGUGUUUAAUUUGUGGUUUUUGUGCUGAAGUUCUAAUCUUUUUGCUCAUAUUAAUCUUUUUUCAAUUGUGGGCUUUGUUUAAUUUGUGGUUUUUAUGCUAAAGUUGUAAUUUUUUCCCUGAAAUUAAUCUUUUCUCUCUUAUUGGUGUGUUAAAUUUUUUGUUUUUAUGUUAAAGUUGUAAUCUUUUUGUUCAAAUUGUUCUGUUUUUUUUUUUUUUUCUUGUGGAUGUGUUUAUUUGGUGAUUUUUAUGCUAAAGUUGUAAUCUUUUUGUUCAAAUUAAUCUUUUUUCUCUUGUGGGUGUGUUUAAUUUGUGGUUUUGAUGCUGAAGUUGUAAUCUUUUUGUUCAGAUUGAUCUUUUUUUCCUUGUGGAUGCGUUUAUUUUGUUGUUUUUAUGCUAAAGUUGUAAUCUUUUUGUUUAAAUUGAUCUUUUUUAUCUUGUGCGUGUGUUUAAUUUGCGGUUCUUGAAAUGACUGUGGAUGAAAUAAGAGGAAAUAUGGAGAAGUAUGAUAAUUUUCCAGUUGGUAUGAGAGUUCUUGCUGUUGAUGAUGACCCUAUUUGUUUGAAGCUUUUGGAUCAAUUGCUUAGGAAAUGUCAAUAUCAAGUAACUACGACAAGUCAGGCAAGAACGGCGUUGAAGAUGUUGAGGGAAAACAGAGAUAGAUUUGACCUGGUAAUCAGUGAUGUCCACAUGCCUGAUAUGGACGGCUUUAAACUUCUGGAGCUUGUUGGUCUCGAGAUGGAUCUUCCCGUCAUAAUGUUGUCAGCAAACAGUGAUUACAGACUUGUAAGGAAAGGAAUAACUCACGGUGCUUGUGACUAUUUGCUGAAACCUAUCCGGCUUGAGGAGCUGAAGAAUAUAUGGCAACAUGUAAUAAGGAAAAAGAUAGUUGAGCCUAAGAACCACAACAAAACGGAUGAUCAAGACAAGGUUCACCAGGAAGGCGGAGUAGGUGAAAGAGGAUCCCAGCGUGCAGAUCAAAACGGGAAGGUUAACAAGAAAAGGAAGGAUGAAGAAUACGAAAGUGAUGAAAAUGGAAAUGACGAUGAAGAAGAUGCAACAACUCAGAAGAAACCUCGUGUUGUUUGGUCUAUAGAUCUUCACAAGAAGUUUGUUACAGCAGUUCAUCAGUUAGGCCUUGAAAAAGCUGUCCCUAAGAGGAUUCUUGAUCUGAUGAAUGUUGAAGGACUUACAAGAGAGAAUGUGGCUAGCCAUCUCCAGAAGUAUAGGCUCUUCUUGAAAAGGAUCAGCACGCAAGAAGCCCAGCAAGCAAACAUGGUUGCCGCCGCACUAGGGGGUAAAGAUUCUGCGUAUAUGCGAAUGGGUUCACUGGACGGGCUUGGUGAUCUUCGAACAUUGGCUGGAUCAGGAAGGUUCGGUCAGGCUAGCUUAUCAUCAUCAUAUUCAUCAGGAGGUGGCAUGCUUGGCAGACUAAAUAGUCCUUCUGGUGUAAGCCUUCGCAAUCUGCAUUGUCAAAAUUUGAGCAACAACUCCAUCAAUGCCCUGACGAAAUUGAAUCCCAAUGUUCCACCUGCUAGUCAGAACGCUAAUUUAUUCCAAGGGAUUCCUGCAUCAUUCGAGCUUGGUCAAUUGCAGCAGAGUACGUGUACCACACGCAGUGGAGAAUUGAAUCCUUUGGUUGGUAGCUCAAACAGCUCUUUGUCCAAUGUCCCAAAUAAUCCUAUUUUGCUUCAUGUGAACUCCCAGCCUUCUUUCAACAUAGCUUCUUUUGGUUCAGAGGCCUUUAAUACUGGUGUAAGUGGUUCGUCCAAUUUUCUGGACCAUGAAAGAUAUAACGAGAAUUGGAAAAACUCUAUAAAGCCUCUGAAGUUCCAGUCAAGCUCCUUUCCGUUUACUGGUCAGCCUUUCGGCAACAGCCAUUUGCCUCUGGACGGGGUGCGAGACAAUGGUACUUCAGCUGUCCCUCAUUUGCAGAACAACCCUGUUGAUUUCUCUUCCUCCUCCAUAGUUUCGCUACCUUUCGAAGCUUCAAGAGGAGAAACACAAUGCCGUGAAACUUUAGGGGGUGCUGUUCAACGGUGGCCGGAUCAGAACCAACAUUAUUCCCACAACUCAAACAAUAUUUUUGCCAAUAGUGGAAGGGCCUCUUUAACCAAUCCAAUGGACCAAAAUAAUGAUAUGUUCUGCAGAAGGGUAGAGACGUCUUUGACUGGCAGAUCAAAUGCGGGUUGUUCUUCAAUGCUCAUACAACAUAGUGAGAGUGAAAAUCUAACUCCUGACUCAAGGUCGAGGACGAACGAAGGCUACCUCUUCCAGACGACAAAGCAACAUGCUGGUUUUCUUCCUCAGGGCUAUGGCUCCCUUGAUGAUCUAAUGAGUGCAAUGAAAUGGGAGCAAGAUGGAGCCUUGUUACAAGGGGGAGAAUUCGGAUUUGAUGCUUAUUCUCCUGGUUCAGGUUUAUGAUGUUUUGUAACUAGCCAGUUAGGAAGAGAGUAUCUAGGGACAUGGCAAAGUUUUAUUUGCUCAUUUAGGAGUCUAAAAAUAUGCCUACAAUGCCUUCUUUUUCGAUGUCCUUUUUCAAAUUCGGGAACAUUGUUAUCGAUCGUAGAAAACACUUGAAAUGCUAA